AUGAUGAUCGGGGAGAAACUAAAGGAGCGCUGCGACGAAGAAGUGAUCAACGAACUGUGUUUGGCCAAUGGAGUGGCUUAUGAAAAAAUCGCCCGAGAAGGAGCCUACAUCACCUCCCUGGAGAUCUUCUUCUCUGGUUUCCCCCGCAUGGUUGGCCUUUCUUACUUCCCGAGGCUCACCCAGCUCACCAUCGUGGGCCAGGAUAUUAAUCUGAUAGAAGGUCUGGAGGGUUGUCCUCUCCUCCGGGAGCUCUGGGUCACCCAGUGUCAUCUGACAGAAAUAUCUGGACUACAGAACUGUGCAAAACUGGAGAAACUCUAUCUUUAUGACAAUGAAAUCUGUGAAAUCAAGAAUUUAGAAAGGCAGACGAACCUACAAGUCCUGUGGCUCAACAAUAACUCCAUUCGUCACAUACAGGGCCUGAGCAAGCUUCAAAACCUCAAAGAACUGAACCUUGCCGACAACAUUAUUGAAAAGAUUGGGCAUAGCCUUAAUCCUAAUGUUGGCCUUCAAAAUCUUAAUCUGUCCGGGAACGAGAUCCGCUCUUUUAAGGAGCUGACCCUGCUAGCGCGCUUACCCCAUCUGAGAGAGCUAGCACUGAGGGACGCCACUUCAGUCCCAAACCCAGUGUGUCGGCUGUGUAACUAUGCAACUCACAUUCUGUACCACAUGCCAGGCCUCCAGCGACUUGACACCUACGACGUCUCGAGCAAGCAAGUCAAGGAAGCUGCUGAGUCAACAGUGUUGAAGAAAAUUAUGUACUACAACAUGCGAGUACACACUGCUCAAAGGAACCUGGAAGAGACCCGGUUAAGUCUGAUCGAGAGGAAGAAAACUCUGCUGCUGUUGCCUGAAGAAUGUGUCAGGACACUAAGUCAUUCCUUCAAAAAUCUUGAACGUGAGCUCUCCAAGGUGCUGACUAGUCGUAAGAAGUCUGCCUGCAAAUUGGACGAUGUACCAGGAGGACCGACCCACUUAGUGGAUGGUUCAUCCAACAGAUGUGAUCCAACCACUGACGUCAGCUGUGAUCCCACCAUGGAGCCAAAAAUACUCAUCAAGAUGAAAGCACUGAGGGAGAGACUGACACUGUGGAAGAAAAGGCUGAACGAGAUUGAAGCUUUUCAUGAGAGAGAGUUGGCUCAAGCCACACACAUGAUGGGAUACACAGUCCAGUUUCUGCUGAUGGAGCUCGAAAGUGUUGGAAACAUUCGAUUAGAGGAGGGUGGCCCCACAGACCCUUGGUUUAAUUCCUCUUGCGACCUCCUCCUUUCCCGCUUCUCACACUCAGACGUCAGUGUUCACGGCAUCACUGGCAUUAAGAUUGAUAGAGUUAUCCGCAUCUUCAACAGCGCCUUGAGGUUUCGCUUUGAGGACAAACUUCACAACCUGCUAGUCAGCGAAGACACUCUUAUCCAUUCACACAGGAUUUACAGAAAUCGGCUGGAUCACUUGUUCUACGCACCUGACCCGGAAAAAGACUGUGCAAUGGAAGAAAUUUUUAGCAUUUUGGAGGAGGGCUUUAAACCGGCAGGACACUAUAAGACCUUUGGGAAAGAGUGUGGCAUACCGUUAUCCAACAGCCUGAGUGUGACUGAACAGCCCAGAAUCGAACACACUCUGCGACAGGCCAGCAAACCGGACUCCAAGUACUGCAAGGAUCCAGUCCCAUUCAGGAACGGUCAGAUUAUUAUUUCCAAAGUGUACGUGGGUCACAGCAUCCCUCUCCGAGAGGAAGGUCCAGUUGACAAAGUCAGCCUUCGUAGAGUCUGCUCUGUGUAUCGCAAUGUGGAAACUAAGCUCAGAUCUGCAUCGAGCGAUGAAAGACCUCGCUCCUCCAAAACACACACUGGUCCUGAGUGCAGCCCCAGGCGGAGACAGUGGUUUGUGUUUGACCAUGAACUCGUCUUGCCUAAGUACCUUGUAUAUUUUCAAUAUGUAACUAGGAAACAAGAACAUCCUGCAUUGCCAGAACACAGCAAAGACAGAAUCAUUAUGGACAAGCAAGUCCUCAACAUGGUACCUGUGCUUAAACAGCAGCCUAAGUUGAUGAGCUUGGACGACAAAAUUCUGCUUAAUGUGGCCGGAGCUAACGUCCUGAGUCAGAUCACUGUACUGAACCUUCAUGGGAACAGUCUGAGCAAGAUAAAGGAGAUUUCCUGCCUCACGGCUCUGCGGCAUCUCACCAUCAGCUUCAAUGAGUUCACACGCCUCGAUGACAUUUCUCACAUGCCUUACCUUGAGUCUUUGGAUGCGAGCUUCAACCACCUGGUGACCCUCGAGGGGCUGAGGGGGCUGGGACAACUCAAGCAGCUUGAUGUGCGGUGGAACCAGUUGACCAAAGCCAGACAAGAUGCUGCAGUUUUAAGGAAACACACACCUGCUCUUCUGAAGCUUGACACCAGAUACAACCCUUGGAAGAGACUGGAGACGGCCAGAAGGACCAUACUGGGACGUCUAAAAACACUCACACACCUUGAUGAGCUGAUGGUCACAGAGGAGGAGGCUGCUAAUGCUGUUGCCAUGGCUGCAGAUUCCAAAAUUAACCAGGCAUCUCUUCUGGCUCACUCGCGCACUAAUACUGAUCGUCCCCGAAGUCUCAGCCUGAUAUCGACAGCUAAGCUCAUCUGCCUUGUCAGUCCAGCGCCCUGGGGGCUCAGCCAGCAGCUGCAGCCGGACUGGACCGCAAAGCUCACAGCCCUGAACCUUGACAGCCAGAGGAUUUCCAAGCUGACUAAUCUGAAUAAGCUGGUGAACCUGCGCUGGGCCUCCUUCAAUGACAAUGACAUCUCUAAAGUGGAGGGACUUGAGUGUUGCCUGAAGCUGGAGGAGCUUUCCCUGAACAACAACAGCAUCAGCACUUUCAGUGGCCUGUCAAAACUGCUUUGCCUGACUAAACUGAGUAUAGACGGGAAUCAGCUCUCUAGACUGGAUGUUUCAGUCCUCGAUCAGCUGCCCAACCUGACCUUUCUGUCUGUGGAGAACAACUGCAUCAGUUCCCUGUAUGGCAUCCAGAGGGUCAGCUCCCUGCUUGAACUCUAUAUUGGCAACAACCAGAUCUCUUCAUCACGAGACAUCUACUAUCUAAAGGGACUGUCCAACCUCAUCAUUCUGGAUCUUUAUGGGAAUCCUCUAGUGGAGAAACUAGAGUACUAUCGGAUAUAUGUGGUGUUCCACGUGUCUUCGCUGAAAGCUCUGGACGGGAUUGCUGUCGAAGUUCUUGAGUCUGAAAGUGCAAAGGACAUGUUUGGAGGAAGACUAACCUCGGACAUGGUGGCAGAGAAGCUGGGCCACUCUAACUUCUCAGACAUCACCUACCUCACUCUGCAGGCCUGCUCCAUUAGGAGCGUUGACCUCUCUCCAGUAGACAUAUUCAUUAGCCUGCGCAGUGUCAACUUGGACCACAACAACCUCACCUCUUUUUCGGGCCUUGUUUACCUGCCGAACAUCAAAUCUCUGUGUCUGAACAACAACCACAUCGAGUCCAUUCUACCCAGGCAGCGGACUCAGGCUCAUCUGACAAACAGACAGAUCCUCCACAGCAAAGUCCACUCCAGUGGUUACGGUCAGCAGAGUUCAUCCAAAGGAAACAGGGAAACUUGGCCCACUGGCAGCCGGGAGCCACUGAUGGCCAGCCUGGAGGUGCUGCAUUUGAGUGACAAUGGAAUCUCCAGUUUGGCCAAUCUGCAGCUCAGCAGGCUCACCAAUCUUAAAGCCCUUUUCCUUCAAGGUAAUGACAUCAGCCAGGUGGAAGGGUUGGAGGGGCUAUGCCAUCUAAGAGAACUGGUCCUAGACAGGAACCGCAUCAAAUCUCUGGCUGAGAACUCUUUCAUAGCCCAGAAUGUUCUGCUGGAGCUGCGUCUAGAAGAGAACCGCAUCCGGGAGCUCAACCAUCUCAAUCCUCUGACCGAGCUCCGCAAGCUGUUUCUCGGCAUGAACAAGCUGCAGGAUGUCACCGAGCUCGACAAACUAGAGGUUCUUCCAUCGCUGACAGAGCUCUCAGUGGUUGGAAAUCCUGUGGCCCGCAAGUCUCUCCACAGAGUACCAGUGGUGCUUCAUCUGUCCCAGCUGCAGGUCCUGGAUGGAGUGAUGGUCACUCUGGAGGAAAGGACCAGGGCUGAGCUCCUCAGUUGUGAUCCAUCGCUGUGCUCUCAGUACCCUGGAGCCCUUCUCCCCCCCACUGAGUUAAACCUACCUGGACUGCUCCCCCUCGUGCCUCGACACUCCUCUCUACGAGGAAUAAGUAUAAGUGGAGGACCGCAGACUAUCACGCUUGGGCAGGAUAUCCAGACGAAUAACACGGAUGAAGCACUGUCUCUUCAAACAAACAAGUACAAGAGGCGAAAGCAGAGUUAUCCAGCUCGAAGCACACAAACUGACGUUACCUUCAGACAAAUCAGAGGAACAGGAACUACCCUGCCAACCACAAGUCUACUGUGUGAUGGGAACAGACAUUUUGACCCAUAUAACAACCAGGAGCAAGAAACCAGAUUCCCAAAUAGUGGUAAACCUCCACCCAUGUAGCAUCCAGAGGAGGUCAAAGCCUGGAACAACCAUGACUGUGGCCCGUUGAUAUACUGUGAUUGCUAGCAAGGAAUGCAAUGCAUUUUGUUUUUAUAAUUUUUCAUUUUUUUCUACAUACCUUUAUACAGUAUAUUGAACUAGAGUGGCAAACAAUCGAGUGCUUAUCUCCUUCAAUGCCAUGCAGUCCUCUCACUCACUUCACUGGAUCUGGAUUUGAUUUGAAUCUGUGCUAAAUUGGACACAAACAUAAAUAUCAGUCCCGUAAACAUGCCUGAUUUUUUCCCUUGCUCCGCCUCCUCAGCCACAUCCACACCAAAAUGGAAUGAGUUCCUGCCUGACUCAUACCACAUCCGCCCACCAAGUUGUGUGUUAAUCCAUCCAGGAGUUUUUUUGAGAACAUAACCUCCUUGGUGGAGGUAAUGCGGACAUGGUCUUUGAAAAAGGCAAUACAGAACUUUCUAUGAACUUCAAACUAAAUGCAAUUUACAUGUUAAUAAAUCUUCUUUGGUGUUUGUUUAAAACAAAGCUUCCUUUGGUCUAAACACAAUCACACUACUUGAAAGGAACGUGUAUUGCACUCCUUUUCAAACGCAUUUAUAACCACUGAUUUUAUUUUCCCUCCACGCAAAUGGAUCACUAACCAUGGUAAUCUGAGGAUGAGAGGUUUUGGCGUCAUUUCCACCGCUAUCCAGUCCUUGGCCCCAAAAGAGUAAAAAAAAACACCCACAGAUGUACGGGCGUGUGAGGCUGGCAUGCUGUGUCCAUCAGGUCAAACGCAUCCCCAACAAGUGGGAUAAUCCAGCUUUAGCACACCUCUCUGUGGACAAUAAUCUGCAGUCACUCAGAUAAAGAUGUUAUCUUGAAUGAGGUCCAAAUGGAUUUCAGAGAACUGUCAGUUUCAUCACGUUAGCCUCUUUUCGAAAAGCUCACCGCAGUUUCGCCUGUAAUAGAUAAAUCUUGUGUGUUGUAACAGCAAAUAAACCUCCGUUUGAUAUGUA